CUGGAUGCCGGCGGCCGCGAUGCAUUCUGGGAGUUGUAGUUCAAUGUUGGACUAGGGCUUGAGACGUGGAGCCUCCAAAGUCCAAGGUUUGAUUUCAGGCUUCCGCUGCUACUCCCUGGUUAAGCCAUUAUUGGUUGUCGUUACGGGCCGUCACCAUUCCCAGCCUCACUUCCAUCCGGGCAUCGGUGGCUUCUGCCAGCAGGGAGUAAGCAAGCCAAGUAGUCAUGAGCAGGUCCUUCUGGUACUGACCUUCUCAUCAGUGAUUCCCUGGCUUCCAGCUCCCAGUCUGGCUGAACUUCCUCUUUCCCCAGAAGAUGUUCCUGGUAGGCCUGACAGGGGGCAUUGCCUCAGGCAAGAGCUCUGUGAUCCAGGUAUUCCAGCAGCUGGGCUGUGCAGUGAUUGACGUGGAUGUCAUUGCCCGGCAUGUUGUCCAGCCAGGGUACCCUGCUCACCAGCGCAUUGUAGAGGCCUUUGGCACUGAGGUGUUAUUGGAGGAUGGAAACAUCAAUCGCAAGGUCUUAGGGGACCUGAUCUUCAACCAGCCUGAUCAGCGCCAGCUGCUCAACUCCAUCACUCACCCUGAGAUCCACAAGGAAAUGAUGAAGGAGACCUUCAAGUAUUUCCUCCGGGGAUACCGCUACGUGAUCCUGGAUAUCCCCCUUCUGUUUGAGACCAAGAAGCUGCUCAAAUACAUGAAGCAUACAGUGGUAGUAUACUGGUGA